AUGAAUGUUCCUGAUCGAAUCAAUACAGAUAACAUCAAAAUAGCUUAGAAAUCUAAAAAUUCUCUAAUAACUAAGGCAGAUGAGUACUUCCAGAAGAAAGUGCCAUUGGUUGAUGUAAUGAAUUCAAUAAAGGAGUUGAAAGAUAUGACACCACUAAUGAACAAGCUAGAACUUAAAAUUGCCAUUUAAGAGGAUAAAAUAACUGAUCUAAUGGUACUGUUAAACGAAAGGUAAUUUCAAAAUGUAGAUGUUGAAUCAAAGUUGAAAGUAUUUUAAGAAGACAAUGAGAAGAGAUUAAGAGAAAUUAUAAAACAUUAGGAAGAGAGAAUCAAGGAUUUUAUCAAUAAGAAGGCAGAUAUCCAGGAUCUCUAGGAUCUACUCAGCACAAAGGCUUCAAAAGUUGAUUAUGGAGAGCUAUAUAAGAAGUAUUCAUAAAUCUAUAUUGGUCUUGAGCCAUUAAUAGUCAAUCAAGACAUAUUGAGAAAUUUAGUUAAGAAAAUUCAAGACUCAGAUUCAACACCAGAUGUUUAACAACAGAUCUCUGAUCUUUAUCGAAAUUUUUCAAGACUUGAAGCAACCAUUGAUAAUAGAGAUAAGCUGAACUAAGAAUUUAAAGCAAUCAAAAAGGAGUUUAAGAUACUGAGUAAAUAGGUAUAAAUGCUAUAUGAAGAGCAUAUUUAUAGCGUAGAUGGAGACGAUUCUGAAUAAGAAAUAGAAAAAAAGAAGAGGAAAACUGAAAAAAUUUAGCAGUUAAAGUAACUAGCUUUAAAUGCUGGUAAUAAGGAUUAGGAUGGAGAGGAUGAUGAUUCAGACAUGUCUGAUAGAUCAAACUCUAAUGAUUCUACCAAGGGUCCUUAAGCAAAGCCUCCAUCAGAGUAAUAAAUUCUUCAAAAUAGAGCUUAGUACAUGAACCUAUAUGGAUUUUCAAAGUAGUUUCUUGAUCAGUAAAAAGUAUUAUAGGAAUACACUGCUGAUAAAGUAUUUCGAUAUCAUUAGCUACAAAUAAAUGAGGUUUGUGAUUAUAUUAAAAAAGAGGUGGAAAAGCUUAAAUCUAAUGAGAAACUAAUGAAUUUCGUCAAUUAAUUUAAGUCAGAAUUUAUGUCAAAUAAGGAUUAAAUUUCAAGCAAAAUUAAGCACAUAGAAGAUUCAAAUAACUAUCUAAACGGCUAAGUAAGCUAGAUAAAUAACACAAUAAAAAAUGAACUUUUGGAUCAGAAGAAAAUUCACAUGAGAUUUAAAGACUUUAAUAUUAGACUAGAUAACAUUCUUACUAUUUUUGAUGAAAACAAUGAUAAAUCAUCUAAAACCCAUGAAGAUAGAUUGAAGCGUAUUGUAAAUCUAGAAGCUGAUGUUCACUAACUUAAAUCUAUUACUAAUUUUUUAAGAUCUCAAAAGAGAGAAUUAGAUAUGAUGAUUAAAAAUCAAGUAAAUCCAAUUAAGCAGGCUAAAUAUUUAUAUGAAGAGAGCAGAAAUAAAUUAUCAAGUGAUAUUAGUAGGUUGGAGUAAAAGUUACAGUCAAACACUACUUUUAUUGCUAAUGAGUUAGAGAAUAUUAAAGAUCCAAUUUAAAAUUAGAUUAAUGAUAUCAAGCAGGAGAAGAAUGUGAUUAUAAGAGAACUCAAAAAGGUUUAUAGAGAUAAUAGAGACUUAGAAUUUGAGAACAGAUUUCUGAAGGAGGCAGAAAGCCAAAUCGUUUAAAGCUAAAGCAAAAUAAUAAAUCUUCUUAACAUGACUGUUUAAUCUUAGAACUCACUAUCAAGAGAAAGGGUACAAUCUAGAAAAUCUGAGAGUAGACAAAGACUUAACUAAAAUCAGACAAGCACUACACUUGAAGGUGCAGUGAAUCAAUAAUCAUUCGAUGUUGGUACAAAGUCACAUGAGAGAAGUUAACUUUCAGUGUCCCCAAUGACAGCAGGCACAUUUUAAGCUAUUGGAAUAAAUAUUGAAAAUAUGAGGGACAAAUUAAUAAGACCCAGUACAUCUGUUGGCAAAUAAGGAUAGAGGACGAAAUUUAGAAAUUAACGAAGGAAUUUAACAAAGAAUCAAGAUUAUCAUAAAAGUCAAAUGAAAUUGAACUAGAACUCUAUCCAUAAAUCAGACAGGAACAAUCUUAAUUUUUCUAAUUUAAGCAAAGGAGUAAACACAUAAAAGAAUGAGGUAACAUAUUCAAGUAUUGAUUAUCAUUUAGCGUUACAUUAAAAUCGAUUAGUAUUUCACUUAAGAUAGCAGAAAUCUAGGGAAUAAUACAAAAGAAGAUAAUUAAUAUUCUAGCUUUGUGAAUACAGACUUAGGUUUUAAUGCUACUGGCUAAUCACCAUUGCUGGAUACAAGUAUGAAAAAAAUGAAUAAAACUCAAGUAAAUUAUUCGGUGAGCAAUAAUGCAGCUUCAAAUUUGGAACAACAAAGCGUAUCACAAGAUAAAUACAAAGCACACAAUGA